CCUUGGUUGAGGUCGAAACCAGGGUUGCUGGGCAUGCGCCGACAUUCCGUUCCUCUCAGAUACUAUGAGCGGUGGUGUCUACGGCGGAGACGAGGUUGGUGCUAUAAUUUUCGACGUUGGACACCAGAGCCUACGCGUUGGUUAUGGCGGUGAGGACACGCCGAAAGCUGAAAUACCGACCAACCUUGGUGUAUGGGAGGACACCAUUGAAACGCCCGACGGGAAUCAGACCGUCAAGAAGCACUACAACAUCGAUGUCACGGCCAUUCAAGUGCGGAAGAAGGAUAUGGAGAUAGUUAGCCUAAUGAAAGACGGCAUGAUCGACGACUGGGACAUGUUCGAGCGCCUAACGGAGUACACCUACAAACAGCGUCUGCACGCUCUUCCGGAGCACCACCCUACCCUAAUGACCGAGUGCCCAUGGAACACCAGGUUGAAACGAGAAAAACUACUAGAACUCAUGUUCGAGAAAUUCAACGUUCCAGCCAUGUACAUCUGCAAGAACGCCGUUCUAGCAGCGUACGCAAACGGCAGAUCAACCGCGAUGGUCGUGGACAGUGGUGCAACGCAUACGAGCGCUGUUCCGGUGCACGACGGUUACGUGAUCACUCAGGGAAUCGUGAAGAGUCCUUUGGGCGGUGACUUCAUCACGAUGCAAUGCCGGCAAUUCUUCGAGGAGAAGGAGAUCGAACUGACGCCCGCGUGCAUGGUCGCGAGCAAAGAUGUGGUCCGUGAAAGAGACCCACCCCGAUGGACCAGAAGACCCGGUCCACAGCCCACCUCCUCCUGGUUAAGCUACAUGGUCCGUGAGCUCUUGCAAGACUUCCAAAUGAAUUGUCUCCAAGUAUCGGACAGCCCUUACGACGAAGAUAUAGCCAACACAUUGCCGAUGAAACACUACGAGUUUCCAACGGGGUACAACGACGAUUUCGGGUCGGUGAGACUGAUGAUUCCCGAAGCCUUGUUUGACCCUAGUAACGUGAAGGGUGUCGGUGCCAGCAUUCUGGGCGUUGGACCUCUGGUCACUACGAGUGUGGGCAUGUGUGAUAUGGACAUCAGACCUAGUUUGUACGGGAGCGUCGUGGUCACUGGGGGCAAUUCUUGCCUGCAAGGCUUCAGCGAAAGACUGAAUAGAGAUUUAGCGAGCAAAACACCUCCGAGUAUGAGACUGAAAAUAAUCAGCGCAAACAGUUCAAGCGAGCGUCGCUAUGGUGCUUGGAUCGGAGGAUCCAUCCUCAGCUCCCUUGGAUCCUUCCAACAGAUGUGGUUGUCCCGACAGGAGUACGAAGAAUCUGGAAAACUGAUAUUAGAACGAUGCGCGUGAUCACUGCGAGCCAAGAAUCAAAAAUUAUUCUUUGUAAUUGUGCUUUUACACAUCGUCCAACUCUAUGUGCCAUUUAUAGGAUGACAGGGGACGUUGAUCUUUAAGGUUAGGGCUUGAAUGUUUGACACUUCUUCGGAUUAUGAUGAUUGUAAAUAUCAAUUUGGUGGUGGUAAAUAUUUCAUCUGUGUAACAUUGCAAGGUUACACAAAAAUUAUGAAGUCUCAGUGUCUCGGGAUUUCUAAGUCCAAAGAAUGUGAAAAUGGUAAAACUUCAGGUUUGCGGAGAUAUAAUAUUUGAAAGUUUUAAUGUUUCAAUGUCUCAAUGGUCAAAAUACUGAAGUCUCAAAGAUAAAAAAUUGUAAAAUCCCAAAAUAUCCAGAGUCCCAAGUGUCCCAAUGUCUCAAUGUCUCAAAGAUCAAAGUACCGAAAUCUCAAAGAUCAGAAAUUGUAAAGUCCCAAAAUGUCCAAAGUCCAUUGUCUCAAUGUCUCAAUGUCUCAAUGUCUCAAAGAAUCGUGAUUCUAAAGAGCCUAAUCAAAAUGUCCCAGUGUGUCAAGGCCUUAAUAUCUUAGCACCUUAAUGUCUGAAUGUCUCGAUGUUUCAAUGUCUCCUCAAAAUCCAACAACUCCACAAUGCCCACAAGUUUCAGAGUUCAAAAAGUUCAUAAAUCCGAAGAAGUGUUAUGAACGAACGGCCAACACGAGACAAUACGAGUGACUGAUAUCAAACGAUUUUGUGUAACGUUUAGGUUUAAACGGAAUUGAACGAGUCUUCGAUUGCGUGUUAUUAUUCUGAAAGUAAAUUCGUGGAAGAUGUUCGUAUCUGCGCGAGGUGAUAAUCAAAACGGCGUUUUCAUGCGAAACGAUGAAUGUACCAUGAUGUGCGCUUCGAGAAAUACAGUUCCUAGCUACUCGAAUAUCGCUUCCAUGUAAUCCGCUGAGCCAGCUUCGGUAUCGGGUGAAAAAAUGCGGGAGAAAGAAAACAAUCGAUUUGAAAAAGGAUUUUGCGUUUAUUUCGAACGUGGUCACAACAAGUAUUACAUUUUGUCUGAACAAUGGUUUGCUUGUCACGCUGUUUUACGAUCGUUGCUUGAAAAAUCAAAUGGGAAAAAAUAACGCAACUAUGUGUUUCAUGAACGCAGUUACAAUUCCACAACGACAAAAUAUAUAUUAUGGCGUAGCAAACAAUAUUUAUAUAUAUAUAAUAAUAAUAUCUCGCAUAUAAAUAUAUAUACUAUAUAUAUAUUUAUAUUUCAAUCAAUAUAGGAAACAGUAUUAUCGAUAUAUCACAUAUACAAUAUGUAUUUAGAAGAAGGCGAAUUAUUUUAUUAGAAAAGAAAGAAAAUGAAAGAUUGGACCUUCGUAGAAUGUGUCAGACCGUUCGAAUAACGCACGAUCAUCAAAAUUCUUGAUCCCACCAUUUCUGCGAUUUGUAAUUAAUACUUUUGCGUGUUCGAACAAUUUUCUGGCGAGGAAUGUUUCACAUAUUUCGCUUGGCUGGUUUCUUGCCCUCUCCUCGUACGAAGAGGGAAAAAUGCGAGACCUUCGCGCGAGCUGGCUUACCUAUAUUCGUACGAAAUCUUGUGACUGGCUAAAAAUGCGUAUGUGUGAUCCUGUGUGGCAAACGUGUGCAAUAAAUCAAACUUGUUCGUAUACCUAAAUGGCGAACAUCGAGUUACGCUAACUAAAAAGAUAACAAUACUGGUGUCGUUCUAUCGUCGACGUUAACACGACGUUGAACCUAACAGCUAAAAAUACGUACAAAACGCAUGUACAACGUGUAGCCAUAGCCAGAGACUCUGAGUGUCGCGUUCGCGAUCGAGGAAAUCGAUACACGCGAAUAAAACGUCGAGACAGCACCGUCUGUCACGAAUUUCGAGCUCGUUUUCAAACGCACAGCGAAACGAACGUUCGUUAAGAUAAUCCUGUUCCUAGUCUUUUAAAUAUUUGUACCAAAUAAAUCUCAGAACGAUCAAAACUUAUAUCUAGUGAAUUUCCGUUCAGGAACAUCGUUGUUCACCUCCGCUUAUGUUCAUUCGCGAUCAACCUCUGCAAACUUCUUUUGUAGAACAUCUCUGGAAACCUUUCUGUCAACCUCUGUCUGAAUCAAUUUCGACAAACAAAGUCUUGUUUGUCAACAAUGGCGGACAAAUGUCUGAACGGAACCAAGCUUAUUGUCACAGUAUUAAAGGCGGUCGCUACGAAAGCGACAAACGAUCACGGAUGGACGAGGUUAACGUAUAACGU